AUGGCAAACCCCAAACCGGCAAACGCGUCGCGAACGUCGACGAAAUCUUCAGCACCCCGGACGCCUCCUCUGCCGUACCAAGCCAAAGUCCCAGUCUCUGCAACGUCGCCAGGCGCAAAGGCUCCUGGUCCUUCGGCCCCAGAGCUCCCAGAAAGUCUUCGCGCGCCCAUCCCGAAGCGCAUCGACCCCUCGAGCCCCGCGUACAAGGCUGCCUCGAGAAAGUACAUUGGAUUCAUGGUCGCGAUGCCCAUCCUGCUCGUCACUUCCUACGUGCUCUUUGACCGGCUGGCGCUUGGUCAUGAAGCAAAGAGCUUGCACAAGGAGACGGAGACCCCCGCAAAAGACGUUGUUUGA